UGGAAGAUGGUGCUCAUCAAGGAAUACCGUGUGGUAGUGCCAUGCUCAGUUGAAGAGUACCAAAUAGGCCAGCUGUUCUCCGUGGCGGAGGCGAGUAAGAAUGAGACGGGCGGAGGAGAGGGCAUCGAGGUGCUCACCAACGAGCCCUACGAGAAGGAGGACGAGAAGGGACAGUACACACACAAGAUCUACCACCUCAAGAGUAAAGUGCCAGGAUUCGUGAAGAUGAUCGCACCAGAGGGGGCCUUGGUCUUCCACGAGAAAGCUUGGAAUGCCUAUCCCUUCUGCAGAACUGUUAUCACAAAUGAAUACAUGAAAGACGACUUCAUGAUCAAGAUCGAGACGUGGCACAAAGCCAACAACCUGGGAGAGGACGAAAAUGUUCAUCAGCUAGACGAGGAGACCUGGAAGACUGUUGAAGUGGUGCCUAUCGACAUCGCAGACAAAUCAGUGGUGGAGGCAGCGGACUACAAACCCCAUGAGGACCCCGCCCUCUUCAAAUCCAAAAAGACGGGCCGAGGACCGCUCAGUCCAGAAUGGAAGGAAGAGUUGUUGAACAAGCCUGGGCUGCCGCACAUGUGUGCCUACAAACUCGUCACGGUCAAGUUCAAGUGGUGGGGCCUACAGAGCAAGCUUGAGCAUUUCAUCCAUAAGCAAGAGAAGAGGAUCUUCACGAACUUCCAUCGUCAGCUCUUCACCUGGAUGGACAACUGGCACGGCCUCACCAUGGCUGAUAUCCGGAGAAUGGAGGAGGAGACCAAGAGGGAGCUGGAGGAGAUGCGUCAACAGGGCGCGGUGCGCGGCACGUCGGCAGCAGCAGAAGAGUAGCGCCACCAUGUGGUGGCCACAGGCAGCUGAGGAAGUCGGGGCAGGUACGCGGCAUGAGUGCAGCUCACGAGCAGUAAGCCAGACACACACGGACGGACGCAGACGGAAGGACGAGCAAUCCAACCAAUGGCAACACCGCUGCUACCAUGACAGAGAGAGCCCCAAGAGGAGUGCAUGUGUUUGUGUGUGCGAGCGCAUGUGUGUGUGUGUGUGCGAGCGCAUGUGUGUGUGCGUGUGCGAGCGCAUGUGCGCGUGCCUGUGUGCAUGCGUGUGUGUUUGCGUGUGUGUUUGCGUGUGUGUUUGCGUGUGUGUUUGCGUGUGUGUUAGCGUGCGCAUGUGUGUUUGCGUGUGUGCAUGCGUGGUGCGUGUGCGUGUGCGUGUGUGUGUGUGUGUUCGUGUGUUCGUGUGUGUGUGUUCUGGUUCCGGUUCCAUCUCCUGUAGGCUUGUAAUUGUUCAGACCUUUUUCCAAAGGGCUGCUCCGCAAAGUAUAUUUGCACUAGAUGUGAUUUGAUUGUUAAAGUAUUUUUAAAGGAGAUCUGUCUGAACAACCAGGUGACCAGACCACGACACGCAUGUCUUUUUUUCUUUUCUUUUUUUUUGCCAUUUUAUGUUAUUCGGUUAUUCAUGGAUAAUUUAUCUUUAGUUUGUGAUGGUGACGACAAUCGGUGUCCCACUGGGCUUGCAGCGUCAGUAUCCCGACUUCUGUCGGAAUACUCCACCUAGCAUAUCCCGAUUUCUCAAUAUCUUGAAUAAGUGCUUAUUCAGGGAUACUGAAGUGGGGAAACAGUGUUUAUAUAUGCUCAAACGCAUAUUCGGGAUACUGAACUGCAGGUAAAUGCACUCAAUGAGUCUUUCUGCAGUUGCUAUAUCUAGUAGAUCUGCCUUUGGCUCUUUACAUUUCAUCCUCCAAUUGGCCCUGUCUUCUAGUGACCAGUGUUGUGGUGCAUUUUUUUUUUUUACGGGAGUUCAGGAAUUAUUUAGAAGUUCUUCAUUAAAGUGGUGUAUG